AGUGAAGAGUUGGAACUGGCAGUAGUAGGACAAUACAGAGAACCUGGUUUGAUAGUCUUGCUUAUCAUUUAUUUGCAGGCUCGCUCGUGGUUCCUGGCCAUUGGGUUCACGCUGUCGUUUGGUGCUAUGUUCUCAAAGAUAUGGAGGGUGCACCGGCUUACGACAAAGUCCAAGUCCGAAAGCAAGGGCCUGUCAUUCCAGCGCGUGGAGAGCUGGAAGCUGUAUGGGAUGGUGGGCGGCCUCGUGUUGGUGGAUGCAGUGAUCCUGUCUGCCUGGCAGCUGGUGGACCCCAUGCAGCGCCACCUCGAAGUCUUUCCUCUUGAACCACCUGCCCUCUCUGAUGAGGAUGUUCGCAUUGAGCCUGCCCUCGAGCACUGCGAGUCACGCAAUCAUGCCAUAUGGCUCGGCGUGAUGUACAGCUAUAAGGGCUUGUUGCUCAUAUUUGGCAUCUUCCUUGCAUAUGAGACGCGAAGUGUCAAGAUCAAGCAGCUCAACGACUCGCGCCUCGUUGGCAUGAGCAUAUACAACGUUGUGGUGCUGUGUCUGAUCACGGCGCCAGUCACGCUGGUGAUUGGCAGCCAGCAGGACGCCACCUUUGCGUUUGUCGCCCUGGCCAUCAUCUUCUGCAGUUUUCUCUCCAUGGCACUCAUUUUUGUACCCAAGUUCAGCUGA